ACAAUUUGUUUGACCUAGUCUGAAGAACAGUAUGAUAAAUAUUUAUCGCACUCCCGUGGCCGUUUGCCAAACAUGCACAUUCACAGCUUUUAGUGGUUAUCAAAGCAAAGGCUUAAUAAUUAAUAAAUGGUUUAAGACUGCCAAAAUCAUAUAAGGAAAAGCCAUUCACUCACUCACUUUUUCUUUCUUUUUUUCUUUCUGUAUGCAUAAACAGGUCUUUUAAUUUUAGAGUAAAUAUUAUUUAUAGAAUAGCAGCCUACAAUGCCCCAGCAACCAAACCUGCUGAAACAUCGCGAGACCGCACGGGGAUAAGUUGAAGAAACAUGGCGACGUCUAAUUUAUUGAAGAACAAAGGCUCUCUGCAGUUUGAAGACAAAUGGGAUUUGAUGCGGCCCAUUGUUUUGAAGUUACUCCGUCAGGAGUCAGUUACUAAGCAGCAGUGGUUCGAUUUGUUCUCGGAUGUCCAUGCCGUGUGUUUGUGGGACGAUAAAGGCCCUGCAAAGAUUCAUCAGGCAUUGAAAGAAGACAUAUUAGAUUUCAUCAAGCAAGCACAGGCACGAGUACUCAGUCACCAAGAUGACACAGCCUUGCUUAAAGCCUACAUCAUGGAGUGGAGGAAGUUCUUUACACAAUGUGAUAUUCUGCCUAAACCCUUCUGCAAGCUGGAGAUCACACUGUUUGGCAACCAAGGGAACAAUAAGAAGUCCAACGUUGAAGAUAGCAUUGUUCGAAAGCUUAUGCUGGAUACAUGGAACGAGUCUAUAUUCUGUAAUAUAAAGAACCGGCUCCACGACAGUGCUAUGAAACUGGUCCAUGCAGAGAGAUUAGGUGAAGCUUUCGACUCCCAGCUUGUCAUCGGUGUGCGGGAAUCAUAUGUGAACUUGUGCUCCAAUGCUGACGACAGACUGCAGAUCUACAGAGAGAAUUUUGAGAAAGCCUAUCUAGAUUCCACAGAGAGGUUCUAUAAGACUCAGGCACCUUCUUACCUGCAACAGAACGGAGUUCAGAACUAUAUGAAAUAUGCAGAUGGCAAGUUAAGAGAAGAAGAGAAACGUGCACAGCGAUAUUUGGAAGCAAGACGUGAAUGUAACUCCGUCCAGGCACUAAUGGAGUGUUGUGUGAAUGCACUGGUGACAUCGUUCAAAGAGACAAUCCUAGCCGAAUGUCCGGGCAUGAUCAAGCGGAAUGAGACAGAGAGUGAGUACGGCAGGAGCUCUGUCACCAAAGGCUCUGCGAAUUCAGAACUGCACCUCAUGUUCUCGCUCAUGGACAAAGUGCCCAGCGGCAUUGAGCCUGUGUUGAAAGAUCUUGAAGAUCACAUCAUGAGCGCAGGUCUGGCUGAUAUGGUGGCCUCAGCAGAAUCCAUUACCACUGACUCAGAAAAGUACGUAGAGCAGCUACUCACAUUAUUUAACCGCUUUAGUAAAUUAGUUAAAGAAGCAUUUCAAGACGACCCACGUUUCCUGACUGCCAGAGAUAAAGCAUACAAAGCAGUGGUGAAUGACGCCACAAUAUUCAAACUAGAGCUCCCUUUAAAACAGAAAGGGGUGGGUCUUAAAACACAGCCAGAAUCCAAAUGUCCAGAGCUGCUGGCCAACUACUGUGAUAUGCUCCUUAGAAAGACUCCAUUAAGUAAAAAACUUACCUCAGAGGAAAUAGAAGCCAAGCUAAAGGAAGUGCUCUUGGUUCUGAAGUACGUUCAGAACAAAGACGUCUUUAUGAGGUACCACAAAGCGCACCUGACCCGCAGACUUAUUCUUGACAUUUCGGCAGACAGUGAGAUGGAAGAGAACAUGGUGGAGUGGCUCAGGGAGGUCGGAAUGCCGGCCGAUUACGUCAAUAAGCUGGCCAGAAUGUUCCAGGACAUCAAAGUAUCUGAAGAUUUGAAUCAGUCCUUCAAAGAAAUGCACAAACGCAACAAACUUGCACUACCAGCCGACUCGGUCAAUAUAAAGAUCUUAAAUGCUGGAGCGUGGUCUCGGAAUUCAGAAAAAGUUUUUGUAUCUCUGCCUACCGAACUAGAAGAUCUUAUUCCUGAAGUCGAGGAGUUUUACAAGAAGAACCACAGCGGCAGGAAAUUACAUUGGCACCAUCUGAUGUCCAAUGGCAUUAUCACAUUCAAGAAUGAAGUUGGACAGUAUGAUUUAGAGGUCACGACAUUCCAGUUAGCUGUGCUGUUUGCCUGGAAUCAAAGACCCAGAGAGAGGAUCAGUUUCGAAAACUUGAAACUCGCCACAGAACUUCCAGACGCAGAGCUGCGGCGGACCCUAUGGUCCCUUGUAGCUUUUCCCAAACUAAAACGGCAGGUGCUGUCAUAUGAUCCUGUGGUGGGCUCUCCGAAAGACUUCACUGAAGGCACUUUGUUUUACAUCAACCAAGAGUUUUCGUUAAUAAAAAACUCAAAAGUCCAGAAAAGAGGAAAGAUCAAUUUGAUUGGUCGAUUACAACUCACCACAGAGAGAAUGCGUGAAGAAGAAAAUGAGGGCAUAGUGCAACUGAGGAUAUUACGCACACAGGAAGCUAUCAUUCAGAUCAUGAAGAUGCGGAAGAGGAUUAGCAACGCCCAGCUGCAGACAGAGUUGGUGGAGAUCCUAAAAAACAUGUUUUUACCCCAAAAGAAGAUGAUCAAAGAGCAGAUUGAAUGGUUAAUAGAACACAAGUACAUCAAACGGGAUGAGACAGACAUUAACACCUUUAUCUACAUGGCAUAGCCGACCACGCCCAAUGCAGUCUGGGACGUUUUUUAGACACUAGCUCUUCUUUGGAGGAUUCCAUAUCUGAUUUCAGCUAAUUGCCCAGCCUGGCCUGCUGGGUGGCUGACUAGAUUUAUCUCAAGACACAUCAUGCUGACAAAUCCCUGCCUUCACAAAUAUCUGAAACUAAUAAAAAAAGACUAUUGGGGUAAUAGAGUGCAGAAUUCUGUUUUGGUACUUUGUCACUGGAAUGCAUGGAAAUCGUUCCAACACAUGUCAGCAAUUUAAUUUCGUCAGUCUUAACUGCAUCAGAUAAUUAGGUUUGUUGUCUUCAACACCAACGCCCUCGUUUUUAUACUCAGAAAAGCAGCUCUGUUUUAUUAAUUUCCAGUUUACUGCUGGUUCAUCAAAUUAACAUGGCUCUAAACAUCCAGGUGCGAACAACACAUGCCUUCUCAUUGCCUUAUGAAAAUGAAUUCGCAUUUAGCAAUUUCAUUUCUCUUGUUGAUCAGAAUUUCCUCUUGAUUUUCUCCAGUAGUUUUACCCCUCAGCUAUUCUUUUGACUUAAAGGGGGUGCAAAUGGUGCCUUAUAAAACCAUUUUUGGUUCCCUAAAAAACCUUUCAGUCAAAGGAUCUUUUUUUUCGCCUUUUUGUAGUCGGUAAAUCCUUUGAAACUACAAAUAACUUUUUGUGCAACAGAAGGAUUUGGUAGAUGUUAAAAGUUCUCUUUGAAAGCAUAAAUGCCCAAAUAA